AUGAAGGGAAUUUUCAAGAGAAAAGACUCAAAAUUACCACCUGAUGAAUCCACACUUGACAAAGCCCUGUUGCGCCCUGCUGUGACGGUUGAACGCAUCUCCAACUACUCGCACAAGUCGCCAAAGCUCGUCAGUUCGAAAUCAUCCUCACCGUCGCUAGGAGGCACCAUGCCAGAAAUCCCUAUUCCAGAGCCCCCUGAUCCAGUCUUGAAACCAGCAGCCUACCUUCGAAGUAUCCAUGCUGUUCGAGAAAGGACAAGGCUGGUUCUGGAGGAGGCCAGAGUCAAUGCUCUCAACCACUUCGAUGUAGACAUGUCCAAGUUCAAGGACACCGCCGAUUACGUGGUUGCCAUUAUCAAGCGUGACUUCCAGGGUGAUUACGCCUCUAUUCCCCCUCAUGGCCGCUGGCAACAUUUUGAAGUCGGAGGAAGACCCCGGGUCACUCAGUUGUUGCAAUCGUGGCCAACAUCAAUUGACAACCAGGAGAGGGCACGUCGGCUGAUUGAUCUGUUCCUGGUAUCUGUACUUCUGGAUGCUGGGGCUGGCACCAAGUGGUCCUACAAGUCCAAGGAGUCGGGCAAAGUGUACUCCAGGAGUGAGGGUCUGGCCGUGGCGAGCUUGGAAAUGUUCAAAGCUGGAGCUUUCAGCAGCGAUCCCAACCAACCUCAUCAAGUCGACGCCGCUGGCCUGAAUAAAAUGAAUAUGGAGAGUUUGGCCAAAGGGAUGCAAGUCUCGGACACCAACCCUAUGUCGGGACUUAAGGGCCGGACUGGGUUGCUGAUUCGACUGGCCUCUGCUUUGCAGCAGAACGCCGAGAUCUUUGGUGUUGAAGGCCGCCCAGGGAACAUGAUCGACUAUCUUUUGUCACAUCCCACCACUCAAGCCGCUUCGGUUCCUGUGAUUCUUCUCCCCACUCUGUGGAGCGUUCUCAUGGACGGCCUAUCAAGUAUUUGGCCCGCAACUCGGACUACCAUCCAGGGGGUGUCUCUCGGAGAUGCCUGGCCUUGCCGAGCCAUGCCCAAAUCUCCCCCGGCACAACCUUGGGAGACCAUUGUUCCCUUCCACAAGCUUACACAGUGGCUGUGCUAUUCCUUGAUGGUCCCCAUGACCAAGCUGCUCAAUGUUCAUUUCGCAGGGGCUGAAUUGAUGACUGGUCUUCCUGAGUACCGCAAUGGUGGCUUGUUGGUAGAUACAGGCUUGCUUACGCUGAAAGAUGAAGACCAGCAGCGGGGAUUGAAGACCUACCACGAAACUGUCGGAGAUGGCAAUGCAGUGGAAGUGGUGCCAACUUUCGAACCCAGCGAUGAUGUGAUUGUGGAGUGGCGCGCCGUCACUGUUGGCUUUUUGGACGAACUCCUUGUUGCAGUCAAUGCAGGCCUUGGGCUGCAAGGCGCGCAACAGUUGACUUUGGCCCAAAUGCUUGAGGCAGGAACUUGGAAGGGUGGGCGUGAAAUCGCACAAGUGUCCCGCCCUAUCACUGGAGGGCCUCCCAUUGGCAUCAUCUCAGACGGCACUGUCUUCUGA